UAGCACAAAGCCCGCACGUUCUGCAGGAGUCAGGAUGAUCCCCACUUUACAUGGGGCACUACGGUGCUAUAUGUACGGUCUUCUCUACACGUACCAGCAGGGGGUGAUCCAGCAGCUGUCUCUCUAACCUAUCCCGUCUGAUGCGUCCGUCGCUCCUGCAGCUCCCACUGGACCACCAUGGAUGAGGACCCUCUGGCACCACAGGAAACUGGUCCCCGCAGAUGGGAACCGGAGCAGCAGCCACACUCUGGAGAGCCCAGGAGACCCACAGGACCGCCAGGAUGCGGUGACCAUGGAAAGUAUUAUAAAGGUUGAGCCAGAGCCUGAGGGGGACAGUAUGAGCCUUCAGAGAACUUUACAAUCUACCUGUCAAGGUCCAAAACCAGGAGGCCAUUAUGAGGCACCUAUGGAAACGAAGGCUGAACUACCGGGUGACCUGCAGCACCAAAUAAUGACUAGUGAUAACAGCGCAUCUCCCGGUAAUAGAGAAAUGAGUGGCCAAGGAUCACCUGACCCUGCGCCAUCCUAUGCUAACACAGACCAGCAACCGGAGGUGGUCAAUGUACCCAUAGAGACAGUCACACAGGACAGACAUGCGGACAGUGAUAAGAGACAUCUGAGUAAGGAGGAGAAAGUGAGAGACACGAAGGAGCCUGGGUGCCAGGAAACGUCCAGUGAUGAAUGGGAGACCGCCAGUGAGGACAGUGCUGCGUUUGAGGAAAAUGUUGAUAUUACAGUGGGAAAUGCAAAUGGAACGCAACAGUGUGACCGCAAACGACACAGUACCGACCAGGGGAAGACAGAUGGUCCCUUGCAGAAAGAGAUUUCUAGAGAAAAUAUCGACAGUAAAGAGACAUUCAGUGAGAUUAGGCCUUGUGAUACCAAAGCUUCUGGUGAGGAGGCUCCUGGUAGUGAGGCCAUAAGUAAAGAGAGUGGGCCUCAUGGUAAGGACACCAUAGGUGAGGAGGCUGGCCCUCAUUGUAAAGACACUGCACAUGAGGAGUCUGGGCCUCAUGGUAAGGAGACCGUCCAUGUGGAGGCUGGGCCUCAUAGUACUGAAACUGCAAGUAAGGGAAGUGGACCUCAUGGUAAUGAGAUCAUUGGUGAGGAGCCUAGGCCUCAUGGUAAUGAGACUGUAAGUGAGAAGCUUGUUUCUCAUGGUAACGAGACCAUUGGUGACGAGCCUAGGCCUCAUGGUAACGAGACUAUUAGUGAGAAGCUUGUUUCUCAUAAUAACGAGACCGUUGGUGAGGAGCCUAGGCCUCAUGGUAACAAGACCGUUAGUGAGGAGCCUGGGCCUUAUGGUGAAGAGACCGUUGGUGAGGAGCCUGGGCUUCAUGGUAAAGAGACCAUUGGUGAGGAGCCUGGGCCUCAUGGUAAAGAGACUGUUAGCGAGGAGACUGGGUCUCAAGGUAAGGACACCGUUAGACAGGAGACUGAGGAGACGCAGCCUGACCAUAGUGACACAGUCGGUGAUGAGUUACAUGCUGACCAUAGAGAGACAGUCGCUGAGGGGACACAGUGUGACCAUAGAGAGACAGUUGCUAAUGAGGUACAUGCUGACCAUAGAGAGACAGUCGCUGAGGGGACACAAUCUGACCUUAGAGAUAUGGUUGCUGAGGAGCCACAGACUGACUGUAAUGAGACAGUUGCUGUGGAGGCACAGGCUGACUGUAAUGAGACAGUUGCUGUGGAGGCACAGGCUGACUGUAAUGAGACAGUUGCUGUGGAGGCACAGGCUGACUGUAAUGAGACAGUUGCUGUGGAGGCACAGGCUGACCGUAAUGAGACAGUUGCUGUGGAGGCACAGGCUGACUGUAAUGAGACAGUUGCUGUGGAGGCACAGGCUGACCAUAAGGAGGCAGUUGCUGAGGAGGCACAGGCUGACCAUAAGGAGGCAGUUGCUGUGGAGGCACAGGCUGACCAUAAGGAGGCAGUUGCUGAGGAGGCACAGGCUGACCAUAAAGACACUAAGGAGAUGAUAGCUAACCAUAGAGCGAAAGAUACUGAGAUUGAACAAACUGACUGUAGAGUGACAGUAGAUGAAGAGAUACAGGCUGACCAUAGAGAGUCUGACCACAGAGAGACUGUCACUCAGGAGACACCUGCUGACCACAGAGAGACUUUCACUCAGGAGACACCUGCUGACCACAGAGAGACUGUCACUCAGGAGACACAGGCUGACUAUAAAGUAACAGAUGCUAAGGAGGCAUCAGUCAAUAUUAUAGAGACCGGUGCUGAAGAGACACAAGCUGACCAUAGAGAGACCACUCCAGAGGACACACUGGCUGUCCUUAGAGCGAGUGCUGCUGAAGGUAGAAAGACUGUAGCUGAGGAUACACAAGCUGAGGGUAGAGAGACUGUCACUGGGGAUAUACAGAAUGACCGUAGAGAGAAUGUCACUGAAAUUAAUGUACAAGAGAUAUACAAGCCUGAAGGUAAAGAGACUCAUGAAGGGAAGGGAGAGCUGCAGAAUGAGGACAUUAUCUUCAUAGAUGGUAUCAUAAUUGAGCCAUCCAGUGAAGAUAGGGUCAUAGUGAAUAAAAGCACAAAAGAGACAUGCAAUGAGGAAGAAGCAUCAGAAAAUCCCAGUGGCCACUCUAGUGAGACUCCAGAAAUGACUGAUGUAAAUAACAGUGACCCGGUGAAAGAGACAUCAGAUGGAAAGGGACCAAGUGGGACUAUAGAGACUACAUCUAUAGAAAGUGAGAAACAACUGGAGAAUCGUGGAGGCACUAAAGCAUGUGAGAAGACCAAGUUAGAGACCAGCCAGGGGCUUUCUGGGGUCCUUCUCAUGAUGGCCAAUCAUGGCCUUACACUUGAUGAAGAGGACUCAUAUAAAGACUAUGAAACCGACAAAGGAUUCCAAGAGGCUACUAGUGGGCUGUUCCUAUUUGGAGCAUUGAUUAAUGAUGAAGAAGGACAGACAGACAAGGUGAUAUGUUUUGAUGAUAUUGCAACCAAUGAAAACUCUAUAGUGCUGUCAGAGUCUGAGUAUGUUAGGUCCAAAGAUCUUCCAGGUGAAUCAUCCGAUACCCUGCACCAAAACGAGAUUCUCAUUCUACAUGAACAAGUGGAACAUGAUGUCCACAGUACAUUAGCUUAUAGCCAGGACUUCAAUGAGCCCAACCUUCAGCAGAUAGACUCAACAUGUAUAGAACAAAGCACAAACAUCAAAGACCCCUCCAGCUUCCAAAAACAUAUAGCAGAUGAUCCAGAGCCACGCCAGGAAGACCUACAGGCAACGGAUAUUGUGGUCACUCUAAACAGACCAAGUUCUUCAUAUUUGGGUGAAAAUCCUCAAGAACUGGAUGAACCCGACUGCUAUAGCAAAGACUUAUAUCCUUCUAUGACCUUCAAAGACCUAAAAAAUGAGGAUGGAAGUAUAGCCAAGCUUCUCUCGCUAGACACGGCACAAAGUUCAUCAAUGGAGAACACACGCACAAGCAUAGGAGAUGGAGAACUGACUACUGAGCAAGAAUCAUCUGAAAGUUUGCUAACGGAGCUGCCAGCAGUAACCUCUUCAAAAGACAGGAGUUUUUCACCUGGACAUCCAAUGAUUGCUCAUGAUCAAGACACAAUGGCAUCUGAUCCAGUAAUUGGUAUAGAGGCAGCGGAAAGCUCACAAAUUUAUAAAACUGAUAACUUUCCGAGUCCCAAUCAUUGGGGAAUUGCCAGCACGCUGCAGGGUGAUCCCUACUAUGAGGUGUCUUCUGGUGGUAGAUUGCAGAGUGACCUCUUUACCACUUCCCUCACCGCUAUCUCACCUCAAACAUUUACUACAGAUGAAACUGUGGAUCCUAAAAGAGAUUCUUCUUUCAAUCCAAUAUCUGAUGGAAACGUAAGUAGCACCAGCAUUGAGGAAGAAGCAUCAAAAAGGAAAUACACUUUCUUCCCAACUCAGAUAUUUAACCCCAUCCUGUUGCUCAGUGGCAGCCCAGAAGGAUCUGGUUUCUACCAAGAUGAGACUCUUGUACCAACCAAAGGAGAAGAGACCUAUCACAGCCACUUACGCCCACCCCCUCAUGAAAACCAGGUCCCUCUUAGAGGUAGCCAAUUUGACAACAUAACUGGGAAAUAUGACAGUUCCCCCAUAAAUCCUGAGGAAACAUCUAACACCAACCCAUCAAUGGCCCAUCCAGCUGCCCCAUUGUGGCUUCCUCCCCGCCGCUCACGUCACUUAGAAGACUCUGGUGGGGCAAAACAGUUUAAAGCAAUCAGAACCCCAGAAAAUCCUCUGGUAAGAAGAGCCACCAUUAGACACAAGAGGAAUUCUCAGGCAGGCGAUAAGAGAUUCUCUGUGAUGAACUUACCUGGAAUCCCACAGCACGGGCACUUGGAGGAGCCCAGAAGUCAACUGCAAAAGAACGCACAAUUGGCAGGCACCAAUGCCCAAAUGGCACUGCAAAAUAGGCAACUGCCUCGCCAGCAGAAUAUAUCUGAAGACAAGCAAGAAAUUGCUCAACCCAGAAACAGAGCUUCCAUGGACAGAUUGACUGAGGAAGAUGAAUCCGCCGAGCAGAAGACUUCCAGACACCCAGAAUCCGUAAUUCUAAGGACGAAGCGCGCCCAGGUCCCUCCCCCAUCUUCAGAUUCAUCAUACAGUAUUCGCCGACGCUACUCCACACUGAUAAACUCCUCCAACCUACUGUACCAAGAAUACAGUGACGUCGCCCUCAACCAGGAGAUCCAAAGGCAGAAACCGGGUCACUCCCCUGCAGAAGAAAAGGAUCCCGGCUCCCCGAGACUUCGCAGGCGGAUCCUGUCCUCCCAGGACUCUUACCUGCAGCGCCUGUCCAUCUCCUCCGCCGACUCCCUGUGGCAGGACAUCCCCAAGAUCCGGGAUAGUUCCAUCUUUCUGUCCAUGACCCGAGAGGAGCAGAAGCUGCAGGAGGCUAAGUUUGAGCUCAUCAUGUCCGAGGCCCUCUACCUGCGCAGUCUGAAUAUCGCAGUCGAUCACUUUCAGCGCAGCCCGGAACUCCAAGAGGUUGUGGGUGCCCAGGACCGUCAGUGGCUGUUCUCCCGCCUGUCAGAAGUCCGUGACGCCAGCUCUGAUUUCCUCUUUGACUUGGAAGAAGAAUUUGAGAGCAACAUGUACAACUUCCAGGUGUGCGACGUGGUGAUAAGUCACGAGCAGGAUUUCCGCAGGGUCUACCUGCCGUACGUCACCAACCAGAGCUACCAAGACCGGACCUUCCAGAGGCUGAUGAGCGACAAUCCGAAGUUUCAGCAAGUCCUGGCCAAACUGGAAAGUGACCCCGUGUGCCAGAGGUUGAGCCUGAAAUCCUUCCUCAUACUCCCCUUCCAGCGGAUCACCCGUCUCCGCCUGCUCCUACAGAACAUAUUGAAGAGAUCAGCGCCAGGAUCUACUGAGGAGACACAAGCCACCGAAGCGCACAAUGCGCUGGAGAAGCUGAUCAGAGACUGCAAUGAGAGUGUCCAGCGGAUGAAGGACACAGAGGAGCUGAUACUGCUAAAUCAGAAGAUUCAGUUUGAAUGCAAGAUCUUCCCCCUGAUCUCCCAGUCUCGUCGUCUCGUGAAACACGGAGAGGUCACGUCUCUGGAGUUCAAUUCUCUCAGCUUCAAGUGGAAGGUCACAAGUCGGCCUGUCUACCUGCAUCUCUUCAAUGACUGUCUCCUACUGUCUCGUGUGAGAGAGGGAGGACGUUUCGUGGUGUUUGAUCACUCCUCCGAAUUCCGGGUGGAACGAUGCGAGAUUAAAUUGCACUCCAACCAGAAGAACAUUUUCCGUGUGUUCCUGCGCGAUAGCGCUGCUGGCGCAGCUCAGGACGUGCGAGAGACAGAGUACAUCUUCCGGACGGAGACCCAGAGCCAGAAGCUGAGAUGGAUCUCUGCACUAUCGCCCCCUAAAGAGGAGAUCGACUUCAUGCGGGAUCACGGCUUGUCACAGAUGCAGUGCUUAAAGUCCUAUAAAUCGCGUGAAAAUGACGAGCUGUCGCUGGAGAAAGCCGAUAUCCUGAUGGUGACGCAGAACAGCGAUGACGGAUGGUUGCAUGGUUUACGGCUCGCUGAUCUGCAGUCUGGGUGGUUUCCCAUGUCUCACGUCCAGCCCAUCAGCCGAAAUGCCUGCAUCCGGAACCUGCAGGAAGAGAAAAGGCUACAGAGUGCUCGGGCCAAGCUCCAUCCCAAAUAACCGCAAACUCCACGUGGCGGCCGCGGCCUAAUCCGCUCAGCCUCUGCUGUCUGGCACUUACCUGCUCCUGUCCCUGAUUGAUAAUCUAUUACCGUUUACACCUCAUCAGCUUCUCCUCCUCUCUCAGUUCUGGUGACUAUUUAAGAAAAGGUGGAAGUAAUUUAAGUGACUCUUCGGAAUGGUCGAUGGCUCAUUGUAAAUGCGUCUGAUUCAUUAACCUAUCCUGAGCGCCAGUGAUUUCUCUCUCUCACAUAUAGAUGUAUUUAUAUUUUUAAUAAAAGAACAAAUUUUCUAGA